AUUUGACAAUGAGCCUACCUGUUUAUUAAUUUCGUGCAGUUGCACAAUUGUGAGGUUAGGAGUGCCAAACUCCUAGUUCUAGUCGAUCUAGUGCGAAAUUUAGGCGCCCCUAAUGUCCACCUUGGAAUAUCGCGAAACAUUCUCAACACGUGGAAAAUCCUCGUGGAAAAACGUCCACACUUGCAAACUAUGCCCCUACUUCACAACUUCCCUCUUCUUCAUGGUGAACCACGUGAGACAACACCGGUCGCCCCCGGAAAAAUUCACCUGUUCGAACGCCAAAAUCGAACCCUUCCACUGCAAAAACUGCGACUUUAAAACCGAACUAACAAUUGUGUUCAAACAACACAUCGAUAAACAUCACCUGAAAACAAAACCCAACGACUUCCACAUACAAAACUACGUUUGCGACAACUGUAACUUCGACACAAAUCUCUCACUAAAGUGGCUUCAGCAUACUUCAGCAUGCUCGAACGAAAAUCGCUUCAAGCAAGCCAACGGAAAAGGUUGGUUUUACUGUCCGAAUUGCUCAUACAGGGCGAAAUUCAACAACAAUUUAAAGCGGCACAUGAAACAAGAUGCUUGUGUUGAAACCAAAUCGGAACGCAAUUCAAAUCGCCACGUUAAGUGCUACGAAUGCGAACAUUGUCCGUUCAAAACCACGAACAAAGCGUCUUUUAAGAGACACAUCCUCACGAAACACUUAGAGGCGGAGAAAAUUAAGUGGUUCGAAUGCAACAAUUGCCCAUUCAAGACGAAACGGAUGGCGCAUUUGAAAAAACACGUCGUCGCGCGACAUCUAAACAAGGAAGAAAUCAAGUGGUACGAAUGUGAAGACUGUCCUUUCAUAACCAAGUGUCACGUAAGUCUAAACAAACACGUGAAUGUUAAACACCCGAAACAAAUAAAACGGUACAAAUGUGAGUAUUGUUCGUAUAAAAGUGACAGUGAAAGUCAUUUAGAAAGUCACGUUAAAGUCCAUUUGGAUAUCCAGUCGUACUUGUACAAGUAUAUACCUCACACCGAAAAAAUGAACCUGUAUUUGAACAAAAUCAUGACUGGAAAGAAAAGCAAGUGGCACAAGUGUGAACACUGUCCGUUUAAAACCCAACAGAAAAUGAGCCUAAAAAAACACAUCAAUUGCUUACACUUGAAAGGCGAGGAUGUUAAAUGGUACGAAUGCAACGACUGCCCGUUUAGAACUAAACACAAAAACUCGUUAAACUUACACGUGACUGCGAAACAUCUAGACGAGGAAAAAAUCAAGUGGUACGAGUGCGACAAGUGCCCGUUUAAAACUAAAUGGUUGUCGAUUUUCAAAAGACACUCGAUUUCGUUGCAUUUAGACGAGAAAGAAAUCGAGUGGUACGAAUGCGAAGAGUGCCCUUUCAAAACCAAACACAGGAUUAAUUUAAACCGACACAUAAAUCUUAACCAUUUAGAAAAACCAGAGUUGUUUGAGUGUGCCAAGUGUCCAUAUAAAAGUACGAUAAAAGUGAAUUUGAAAAGACAUUUAAAGGUGCAUUUGGAAGUCAGGUUGUAUCAGUGUGAGUAUUGUCCGUAUAAGGCGAAACGCAGCGAGGGUUUGAAGCGUCAUCUGAACUGUCGACACUUGGUUGGAGACGAAGUCAAGUGGUACCAGUGCGAACACUGUCCCUUCAAAAAUAAAAACAAGGCGUCUUUGUAUAAACACAAAAAAACUCAUGUGUAAGUUGUGUAUAAGUAGGGUUUUAGUCUUAAUAAAAUUGUAUGAUCCCUAA